AUGGUACCUGUGAAAGGGGACAUUCAAUCUUGGUACUGGGAAAACAUCGGGCGACUCUGCAACAGAGAGCCUCAAGCGCGCCGACAUGUCGCUGCUACUGACGUGGAGACAUUGAUGUCACUGCUCCAUGCUUGUGUUCUGGUAACUACUGGAUACCAUGCGGCAGCACAGGGGAAGAGAGGCAGCCCUCAGCUCUCCCCACAUCCUGGCAGCAACAGUGGUGAGGGUGCAGCCCAGGUGAUCCACCAGUCAGUUCAAAUAGCCAUAGCUGGAGAAAAUGUGACAUUGUGCUGUCAGCUGGCAGAAAGCUAUGAUGUUGUUCAGGUAACCUGGCAGAAGGAGCAUGGGAAAGACAAGACCAAUAUAGCUACUUACAGCACAGCUCAUGGUCCUAAAGUCCUGGGCGAAUAUCAGAAUCGUGUGCACAUUUCUCCAAGUGGGCUGAACGUUUCUACCAUCACAUUCCAUGCUGUUACAAUAGAGGAUGAAAGCUGUUACAGUUGCAUCUUUAAUACAUUUCCCUUGGGAUCCAUCCCAGGCAGGACAUGCCUCAAGGUCUAUGCUCUAACAAAACCCAAGGUAGAUGUGAAGCGUGUUAUGAGUCCAGACAGCACAGGAAAAGAAAUGCUAAAGAUAAGCUGCUCAGUAACAGGGAGACCAGCUCCAGUGAUCACCUGGCAGUUCCCAGAAUACCUUCAGAUAAAGCCAAUCCAAUAUAUCACCCACCAUCCUAACCAAACAGUGACAGCUGUGAGCAAUUUUACUCACAUGUCCUCCAAAGAUCUCUGGGAGAAUUCAGUCAACUGUGUGAUUCAACAUCCAUCUUUAAACAGUACACAAGCAUUAACCUUGCCUGAAAAUGGGGAAGAACAAGCAAAAAGAAAAGUCCCAAGAAUUCCUGUCAUUGUCUGCACAUUGGCCGUCUUUAUUCUGGGGUUACUGGUUUUUCUCAUCUUCAUCUCCUGGAGAAGAUUAUCCCACCAAGAUAAAAAGCAAGAUCUACUCAUGAAAGACGCUGUAGGGCUUUCACUUCCAACUCCUGGGGGUUUUUUUUGUCCUUUAUCAACAAUACAACAGCUGCUCUCAGACUCAACAUCUUUUCCUUAUUGCAGUAACAUGCAUCCCGUGGUAAAGAGGUGUCUUUGUUCGCUGUGGACUUUACAGGGCUUGACCAUAGCCAUCAUCUCAAUAAUGCUUUGCUGGGUACAGGGUGCCAUUGUGACAGAGGAUAAAGAAGUGAAGCUGGGUGGCAAUGUAACCUUGAGAUGUAUCCUAACGGGGUCUCCUGAACUGGUUCAGGCUUCAUGGCAGAAACAGAUUAAUGGGAGCUCUGUAAAUAUUGCAGCAUUGAGCAAGAACAAUACGCAUACAAAUGAUUAUAUUGCUGAAGAAUACAAGCAUCGACUCACCUUCACAAGUUCAGCACUCAAUGACACUGCCAUCACCAUUUGGAAUGUGAGCAUCUCAGAAAGUAGCUGCUAUGAAUGUAUAUUUAAUAUAUUUCCCUCAGGACCCAUCUCAAAUAAAUCUUGUCUUCUUGUAUACGAUUUCCAUGCAUUUCUAUACCACCAUAUUUCUGAUGGACUCUUGAAUGCUACAUGCACAGCAACUGGUUUUCCACUACCCACAAUCUUCUGGGUUGGAUCAUCAGAUGAAAAGAAUGAAUGGAAGAUUGUAAAUUCUAAUGGCACAGUGUCUAUCAUCAGUAACAUACUCAUAAAGACCUCAAGUAGCCAUUAUGGGCAAGAACUGAUCUGCAAAGUCAGACACAGAGGGCAGGAGAUAGACUACCAAGUGCCCAGGAUAGAAGAAGGCCACUGGAAUUUAAUUCCUGUGUUGCUAACUAUCUUGAGCCUAAUCUUUGUGGUCUUGAUAAUAUCAGUUGUAUGCUGGAAACUCAGGAAAAAACACAAAGGAUUCUAACAGAUUCAAACAAUAGCCAGUUGGUUGUUUCAUGGAGAAGAAAAAUAAACUACAUUCACAUCUAUGCAAUUGGCAUGCCAUGAAUACUGCAUCCAUGUAAAGAAGCACCAGAGUUAAUUUUGGGAUCCAUCAGCCUUACCUCUUUUUCCCAUUUGUCACCUAAAGGCUGCCUACAGUGAAACAUGCUGACUUUUAUCUAAAUACUAGCUACUUCCCUUCUUUUCUCUCAUUCAUCUAAUUGGGUUCUUCAUGUCUGGCAAUCACAUUAUACAGUUUUCAGUGUGCAGAAUCCUAAAUGGAAUACAGAAUGUGUUGUAGACUAAAUUGCACUAUGUGGUCAAGGGUAAAGCAAAUCUGAAGAUAUGCCAAAACUACUGAGACAGAGAAGAAGAAAAUAACCACUUCUAUUUCACCAGCUUUUAUACCCGCUUUAAAAAAAAAUUGCCAACAGAAUUUUCAGAAAAAAGGAUUAAAAGAAUAAAAAACAAACAUAACAAUUAAAAAUAAUUAUACUAUCAAAAUUCCAUUGAGAAUAUAAAAGCCAGCUGUUCAUCAGGUAUUUGAUUCAUUAGCUCUAAUUAGAACUCAAAGAAAAAGAAGAAAAAGAAGAAAAAUAUACCAGUUCUUAAGUUGGAGAGUAAUUGUAGAUCUGGAACAUCUUUUUUAUGUAUGUUGUUUUUGUAUCGAACUAUUUGUGAGUCUUGUACAGAGUUCUGAAAAAAUUGAAACCAUUAUCACUUUCUUGUGAUAUUAUGACUGAU